AUGUCGUCAAGACCGGAUCUCAAGGUCGAUGAUGAGGGCGGCUUCAUUCGAGCCUACCGUCAGAUUCCAGCUAAACUCGACCCAGCGAAUACGAUCCGAGUGCUGGACCGAGGAGACUUCUAUAGCGCUCAUGACGAAGAUGCUGACUUCAUUGCCCGCACGGUCUACAAGACUAUUGCUGUCAUUCGAAAUCUCGGUCGCAGUGACAACGCCCUCCCGAGUGUCACUAUGACCACAACAGUCUUUCGCAAUCUACUUCGAGAAGCUCUGUUCAGAUUGGGAAAGCGAGUCGAAAUCUGGCUGUCACAAAAAGGACAAUGGAAACUAGACAGACAAGCGAGUCCCGGAAACCUUCAGGGAGUGGAAGACGAGCUCGGCUCGGGCGUAGACAGCCAGGGUGACAGUGCGCCCAUCAUACUCGCUGUCAAGAUCAGUGCAAAAGCAACCGAGGGCCGCAAUGUCGGUGUUUGCUUCGCUGAUGCCAGCAUCCGAGAGCUUGGUGUGAGCGAAUUUCUGGAUAACGACCUUUAUUCAAAUUUUGAGAGCAUGCUCAUCCAGCUCGGUGUGAAAGAAUGCCUCAUCGCGACUGACGGUCAAAAGAAGGAUCCGGAGCUCACAAAAAUCCGUCAGAUAUGCGACUCCUGCAAUAUCGCCGUUUCAGAACGCCCUGCCGCCGAUUAUGGUACCAAGGAUAUCGAGCAAGAUCUGGCUCGGCUGUUGAAAGACGAUGCUUCCACUGGUCAACUGCCUCAGACAGACCUGAAACUCGCUAUGGGAAGUGCUGCUGCGCUGAUCAAAUACAUCGGCGCUCUCAAUGACCAGACCAAUUUUGGUCAAUAUCAGCUAUACCAACACGACCUAAGCCAAUACAUGAAGUUGGACGCUGCUGCCUUGAGAGCACUGAAUCUAAUGCCAAGCCCUCGGGAUGGUGCAAAGACAAUGAGCCUCUUUGGCCUGCUCAAUCAGUGCAAGACCCCUAUUGGUGGUAGACUACUUGCUCAAUGGCUCAAACAGCCUCUCAUGAGUCUGUCAGAGAUUGAGAAACGACAGCAACUCGUGGAAGCUUUCGUCACAGACACGGAGUUGCGGCAGUCGAUACAGGAAGAGCAUCUUCGCUCAAUCCCAGACCUCUACCGCCUCGCGAAGAAAUUUCAGCGCCAAAAAGCCAAUCUCGAAGACGUUGUCAGGGCUUAUCAGGUUGUCAUUCGCUUACCUGGUUUCAUCGAAGCCUUCGAGACUGUUGUCGAUGAACAGUAUCAGGUUCCUCUCGAACAUAUGUACACGUCAAAGCUCAAAAACCUCUCCAGUUCUCUCGGUAAGCUCGCAGAGAUGGUAGAGACAACUGUUGAUCUGGAUGCCCUUGAUCGACACGAAUUCAUCAUCAAACCCGAAUUUGACGAGUCGUUGCGCAUCAUCCGCAAGAAGCUGGACAAAGUCCAGAGCGAUAUGGCAGCGGAGCAUCGUCGAGCUGGGAGCGAUCUUGACCAAGAACUCGAUAAGAAGCUUUUCCUCGAGAAUCACAGAGUGCACGGCUUCUGUUUCAGACUAACAAGGACCGAAGCCAGCUGCAUCCGGAACAAGUCAGCCUACAAGGAGAUCUCGACCCAGAAGAAUGGUGUGUACUUCACAACCACUACUCUCAUGGAUCUACGGCGCGACUACGAUCAGUAUUCUAGUACGUAUAACCGCAAGCAAUCAUCUCUCGUGUCAGAGGUUGUGCAGGUAGCUGCCUCAUAUAUUCCCGUUCUCGAACAGCUGGCAGCGAUAGUUGCCCACCUGGACGUCAUCGUCAGUUUGGCUCAUGUCUCGGUACAUGCCCCAGCUGCCUACGUCAGACCAAAGAUGAAUAGCCCUGGCACAGGCGAUACUAUUCUGAAAGAAGCCCGACACCCUUGCAUGGAGUGUCAGGACGAUAUCAAUUUCAUCACGAACGAUGUUGAGCUCCGCCGAGCUGACUCUCGCUUCCUAAUUAUAACUGGUCCAAAUAUGGGCGGCAAGUCGACAUACAUCCGAACGAUUGGCUGCAUUGCUCUCAUGGCUCAGAUUGGGUGCUUCGUGCCCUGCACAGAAGCCGAGGUGACCAUAUUCGACUGCAUACUCGCCCGAGUUGGAGCGUCGGACUCUCAGUUGAAAGGCGUUUCCACUUUUAUGGCAGAAAUGCUUGAGACGGCGAACAUACUAAAGAGUGCCACAAAAGACUCGCUGAUCAUCAUCGAUGAGCUGGGUCGAGGAACCAGUACCUACGACGGUUUCGGCCUCGCCUGGGCAAUCUCAGAAGAGAUCGUUGCUCAGAUAGGGGCUUUUGGCUGCUUCGCCACGCAUUUCCACGAGCUGACUGCCCUUGCAGAGAAGUUUCCGAACGCAGUCAAAAAUCUCCACGUGGUUGCAUUCGUCGGCGACCAAGCCGGCGGCGACGUCGACAUGUCCUCCAACAAGCGCCAAGAAGUCACACUGCUCUACAGAGUGGAGCCUGGAAUCUCAGACCAGAGCUUUGGCAUCCAUGUUGCGGAACUCGUGCGCUUUCCUGAGAAAGUGGUCAAUAUGGCUAGACGCAAAGCCGAGGAGUUGGAGGACUUCUCUCACACGGACAAGGCGAAAGAAAGGCAAGAGGACUUCUCGAAAGAGGAGGUAGAAGAAGGCAGCCGCUUGCUGAAGGUGAUGUUGAAGAGUUGGAGGGAGAAGACUGAAAAGGAGGACAUGAGUAAGGAUGAGAAGCUAGCGUUGAUGAGAGAGAUGGUGAAAGGCGAUGAGAAGCUCAUGGCGAAUCGCUUCUUCCAAGAGUCGAUAAAAGCGCUGUGA